GUCAACACACAAAGAUACAAAAAGAGUUACCAGACAUCAACUAAUCUCAUUUCAGAAAUUCAAAACCUUUCUAAGAAUGGAAAGCAGUAAGGUCAUCUCAACUGACAAACCUACAGUUGUCAUCGAAGUAAAUCCACAGGUGAUACAAGACACUGUUAUUUUUGUUGAUGGUCAUGCCGGAGGAAAAAAUCACAAUACGGCUCUUAAAGGAUUUUUCAAAGCACAACCAAAGGCACUGGGGACUGUCCAGAUAAUGAUUGGAGCGAUGAUCUUCAUACUUGGUAUUGUACUUACCUCCAAUGUCUACAGUUAUUCUGCAAUUCUUGACUAUAGUGGCAUAAGCUACUGGGGGUCCCUUAUUUACAUCAGUGCUGGCUCUUUGUCUGUCGCUGCGCAGAAUAAACAUCAUCCAUGUGUGGUGAAAGCAUCUCUUGGAAUAAAUGUGUUCAGUGCCAUAACCGCAGGGAUGGCCAUUCUUCUGAUGGGCAUACAGUUAGCAUUAAUAUCAAUGGAUCAUCCAAGUUUAUAUGUUGAGGUGAAAACUUUGCCAAGAAUGGAAAGCAGCAAGUUCAUGUCAACUGACAAAGCUACAGUUAUCAUCCAAGUAAAUCCACAAGUGAAACAAGAUAAUGUUAUUUGUGAUGACGAACAGCAGGCCAGAGGAGCAUAUCACAAUACUGCUCUUAAAGGAUUUUUCAAAGCACAACCAAAGGCACUAGGGACUGUCCAGAUAAUGAUAGGAGUGGUGAUUUUCUUGUUUGGUAUUGUAUGCACCACUAAUAUCAAUACCUUUGAGCUACCCAUUUUUAUCUUUAGUGGCAUCACCUACUGGGGAUCCCUUAUUUACAUCAGUGCUGGCUCUCUGUCUGUUGCAGCGCAGAAAAAACUUCAUCUGUGUGUGUUGAAAGCCUCUCUUGGAAUGAAUGUGAUCAGUGCCAUAACUGCAGGGAUAUCCAUUAUUCUGAUGGGUGCAGACAUAGGAAUCACCUCAUCGAUUCGUCCAAAUUGCUAUAAGCAUGACUGUAUAAAUCCUCAGGGGUUUGGUUCAGGGAUCCUUGGAAUAUUGCUGGUGUUCUCCAUCCUUCAGUUGAUCAUCUCCAUCUUUAUCUCAGCAUUUGCCUGCAAAGCCACCAACAGCACAGACUCUACGGUGAUCAAUGUGGCAAUAAACCAGGGAUACUGAGUCACAGUAAGGAGAUACCAUCCAAAGGUUGCAAGGAAUUCAUAUUUGUAGUGUUGCUUCUGACUCAAAUAUUUUUCUUUCUUUCUAGUGUAUCUAUAAUAGUAAGAGAGUGAGAAUAUAUGGACACAUUUAAUUGGAAAAUUGAUCUUCAAACCAUGAUCAAACACAUAUGUACAAGCUAAUCAAUCAAGCUAGCCUUCGGGAUUUCUAAAAAAAAAUAAUAAAAAAAAAUAAGCCAGGCAGGUGCGUUGGUCAGGGUUGGAGCUAAACUCUACAGGACCAUAGAUCUUGAGGGCCAGAGUUGUGAAACCCUGUGUUAUCAACCACAUGUUAACAUAAUUUUUUUUUAAAGCAAAACAUGAUUGGACUGAUAUAUGAGUCUUUUAAAUAAAGGUGACCACUUCAGAAAUCCUCAAUCCUACAAUGUUUGUCCGUCAUUAUUUCUGUGACA